AUGUCUUAUGAAUUGCAGAUAUUUAUAGUAAAUGCUCCCACAUUGAUUAUAAACGAAACAAAUUUAAAUUUUCAUUAUUAUCAUCAACAUCAGCAUUAUCGUAAAAUUAUAGAUAUGAUCUUAAAAUUUCUAUUAAUGUUGAUUAUGCCUUUGGCCUAUACCGUUUUAAGCCAGUUUAUUGAGGAUCGUUUUACCUCAACUGUGUGUGCAGACAAUGCAGGCUGCAUGCGCGGUCGUUUUAUGCGCGGCUAUAAAACACCAUUAUUUGAGGCCUUUAUGGGUAUUCCUUAUGCCCUGCCACCAGUGGGGGAUUUAAGAUUUAGUAGUCCGAAAGAGUAUCCGAAAUGGGAAAAUACUCUCAAUGCUUUUGAUGCUAAACCGGAUUGCAUACAAAAGAAUUAUUUAUUGCCGACGUAUCCUGUGUCGGGAAGUGAGGAUUGUUUGUAUUUAAAUGUUUAUAGACCAGUGCAUCAUCACAACUCAAAAAAGUUUCCCGUUAUGAUCUACAUUUAUGGUGGCGGUUGGUUUAGUGGUACAGCAAAUCCUGCCAUCACUGGACCCGAAUAUAUUAUGGAUACCGAACAAGUUAUACUGGUAACAUUUUCCUAUCGUUUAGGAGCUUUUGGAUUUCUAUCCACAGGCGAUGCCAAUAUGUCCGGUAAUUUUGGUUUAAAAGAUCAACUUUUGGCCAUAAAAUGGGUACAAAAGAAUAUAGCGGCUUUUGGUGGCGAUAAGGAAAAGGUAACAUUAUUUGGGCAAAGUGUAGGAGGUGUAUCGGCUCACAUGCAUAUGUUAAGUCCUCAGUCGGAGGGUUUAUUUCAGGGAGUAAUUGCUUUAAGUGGCACAGCAAAUGUGCCCUUCGCCAUAAAUCAUAAACCCCUGGAACAAGCCAUAAACACAGCCGAAUUGUGUGGCAUUGAAAAUGCUAAAUAUUUAAGUAGCAGAGAAUUAUUGGAAAAAUUAAGAGCUGUAGAUGUUGAUACAUUGUUAAGAGCAGGAGAUGGCCUAAAAUUUUGGAGUGUAGAUCAUAUAACGAAUUAUAGGCCGGUAAUAGAGUCGGCAGACAUUAAAGAUGCCUUCCUAACCCGGCAUCCCGUAGACAUUUUAAAGAGUGGAGACUAUAAGCCAGUGCCUUUAAUGAUGGGUACAGUGCCCAAAGAAGGAGCUGUAAGAGUGGUGGCCAUUAUGGAGUCACCAGAAUUAAAACAGUCUUUCAACAAAGAUUUCUACAAUAUUUUGCAAACAUUUUUGGAUUUUCCUACCCACUUUGAGGGUCAACAAUUGGUGGGGAAAAUGAAAAGAAUUUUACAGGAAUAUUUUAAAGGUGAACAGGAAUUAAAUGAUAACACUAGUCAAGGAUUUUUAGAUCUGGUAACUGAACGUGGCUUUCACCAUCCCUACUACAAUGCCAUCAAAGACUAUAUCAAUACCAUGGAUACAAAAACCUAUCCUUUAUAUUUAUAUAGUUUCAAUUAUACGGGUCCUUACUCAUACUCCAAUCUCUAUACUGGAGGUUUGCCUUCCCGAGAUUAUGGUGUAGUACACUGUGAUGAUCUUAUCUAUUUAUUUAGAUCUCCUUUGUUGUUUCCCGACUUUCCUAAAGAUUCUCGACAUGCCAAAGCUUUACAAUUAUUUGUAGGCAAUUUUGUGCAUUUUGCUCAAUUUCGAGAACCCCGAUCGAAUUCUCCCCUGAAAAGGUGCAAUAAAGCUACAUUUCAACGUAAACCUGAAACCAUCUGUGACUAUCAGCUGUUUGAAAAUUGCAGUUUGGGGACCUCCACAAAUAUUUUAAAGACUGACAAUAGAUUCAAUGUGAAGCGCAUGAAGUUUUGGGAUGAAAUCUUAAAUGAAUGAUUCAGUUACGCUUUAUUCGAAUAAAUUAUUUUUUAGUUAAGUAAUUUUUAUGCCAAAAAAGUAUUAGUUAUAGAUGUAAAUAUAUUUAAUAUAUGUAUUUAAGUAGGUUUAUAAUUGUAUACUAUACGUUUAGGGUUUUUAAGUUAAGUUUAAAAUAGAAUAUUAAGCAAUUGUAGUAAACAUUCAAAGUUGUUAAUAAAAAAAUUAAUGUUUAUUCAAGAGUUA